AUGAGGUUAAGAGUUGGGAGCCCCGAGUCCGAUUUAAACGAAAUCAAAUUGUUUGCGGAUUGGAUUUUGAAGCUUGGAGAUGGUCUUCUUGGCGAGGCAAAUGAUGGCGAAGUAGACAUUCCAAUCCCUGCCGAUUUACUUAUUGAUGACACCGAUGAUCCAGUGAAAUCUCUAAUUACGUUUACAUAUCCUAAUAUGGAUUCUAACUUGCAUGAUCCGCUUUAUUUUCAACAAAGAGCCAUACUGGCUCUAACCCACAAUUUAGUCAAUUCUAUCAAUGAAAAGUUGCUUGAAUUGAUUCCAGGUGAAGAAACAAUUUAUCUUAGUUCAGAUAGUAUAUGUGAAUCUGAACAACCUACCGAGUUUGAUAGUGCAUUAUUUUCUACUGAAGUUUUAAACAGUUUGCAACUAUCGGGAUUACCUAACCAUAGAUUAGUGUUAAAAGUAGGCACUCCAGUGAUGUUACUUAGGAACAUUAACCAAUCAAAUGGUUUAUGCAAUGGAACACGCCUGCAAGUCAUGAAACUUGGGAAACAUGUGAUUGAAGCCAAAGUCAUCACCGGGACGAACAUUGGUCAAUGUACUUUAAUUUCAAGAUUGAAGGUGACACCAUCAGACAAAAGAAUUCCCGUUAGAAUAUGUCGAAGGCAGUUUCCUAUUGCUGUAUGCUUUGCAAUGACUAUAAACAAAAGCCAGGGCCAAUCUCUUGAUCGUGUGGGUUUGUAUCUUCCUCGGCCGGUUUUCAGCCACGGUCAGUUGUAUGUUAACGUAUCCCGAGUCAAAAGUAGGAAGGGACCGAAGAUCUUGAUUACUGAUAAAGAUGGCAACCUUGCGGGCACUACAACUAAUGUUGUUUUUAAAGAAGUUUUGCAAUAUUUAUGA